AUGCAAAUGAGUGCAGAAGAAGCUUUGCUUUUGGUCUUGUUAGUGAAUUGAGAUGAUAAUGAUCUUCCUAAUGAGCUCAGCUGACUUGAGUAGUGGUAGAGUGUGUCAUCUAGUCAACUAUGUCUUGCACUACAGCGAGUGGGGGAGGAUGGGAUUCCAGCGAUAAUAGCCAAUCCUUCUGGUUCAAGAGAGUAACUAAUUAUUCACUAAUCCAUAUUAAUAUGCAAACUGAAAUUGGAUCUAGAACCUGGUAAUUUGGUUAGAUGAUGCAGAGAAAUGGAAUGGAGGAUAGGACAAAAAUGUUUACAUGAAGUCAUGCCGAAUUUAAAAAAUCA